CGGAAGGGGCGCUCAGGCCCGCGCCAUGGCCCGAAAGGCGGCAGGGAGGCCGCCGGAGGAAACACUGUCGCUCUGGAAACGGGAGCAAGCCCUGUUGAAGACACUUGUCGUGGACCGGGACACGGAGGCGUGGCAACGGGACCCCGCUUUUUCGGGCCUGCAGAGGGUCGGGGGCGUGGACGUGUCCUUUGUGAAGGGCGACAGUGUCAGCGCCUGCGCCUCUCUGGUGGUGCUCAGCUACCCUGAGCUCGAGGUCCUUUUUGUGGAUGGAAAUGGGGUGCUCCACCACCGAGGCUUUGGGGUAGCCUGCCACCUUGGUGUCCUCACAGACCUGCCCUGCAUCGGGGUGGCCAAGAAACUCCUGCAGGUGGAUGGGCUGGAGAACAACGCUCUGCACAAGGAGAAGAUACGGCUCCUGAAGGCUGGAGGAGACUCAUUUCCUCUGAUGGGAGGCUCCGGGACCGUCCUGGGCAUGGCCCUAAAGAGCCACGACCACAGCACCAAGCCCCUCUAUGUCUCUGUGGGCCACAAGAUGAGCCUGGAGGCAGCCGUGCGCCUGACCCAUGGCUGUUGCAAGUUUCGGAUCCCGGAGCCUGUGCGCCAGGCUGACAUCCGCUCCCGAGACUACAUCCGCAGGACCCUGGGAGUCCAAGAGGCCCCUGCCUUGCGGCUGGAAAGGAGCAAGAAGGCACAGAAGCCAAAGGCGUGCCCCCAGGGAGUCUCAGAAGAGCCCGCAGGUUCUCCAUCUCUGAGAGCAUUUUCUGCCAAAGAUGGGGAUGAGCCCCAUCAGAAGAAAUGGCCCAAACUCCAACAGAGAAUUUGGGGAAGAGGAAAGGAAGCGCUUUGGGAGUGCACACUUCAUGCCAGAAAGGCCUCCGGGGACCACCAGGAGGAAUUCCAGAGGCCCCACUCUGGACGCCGAGCCCACCCUCCUUAACGCUGUGCCUCACACGCCCAGCCUCAGCACUGCCCUCCGCAUGGUGGUAAUCACUCUCCUCUGUCCCUCCCACUAGACUGAGAGCCUUGAGGGCAGCAACAGACUUUCUCACCCAGUUCAGCACCCAGCAGAGUGCCAGGCACGUGGGAGGGGCUGCUGGCACCAGCCAGCGACAUCUGGAGCCCAGAGGAUUCUGAGCUGAGGAUGACCGUGUUUGGAGGAUAGGGCUCCCUGAGACGCCUUGGGCCUCCUGCAGGAAUGGGAGGCUACUCUGGGAGUGAGAUAUUGAAAGUAAGGCACUUGGCAUGUGGGCAGUCAGCCAGUCCUGGCCGGUUCUCCUUCCAGAGAGGGUGACCCAAGGGAUUCACCACCCUUCUUGGGAAGGAAAAGAAGACCCCUCUUCCACCUGCUCAGUCUGCAAUGCUGAGUACCUGCUCUGGUCUAACAAGACAAACUCUUGGCCAUGGAGCUUUCAGACAACAUAUAAGUACAUUAUCAACUCUGUUGGAUGGUGAUAAGACCUACGGAGAAAAAUCGGGGCAGGGAGUAUGGGGGCUGUGGGGUGUAACUUUUAAGCAGGUGGGUCACCUCACUAAAGAGGCAAGCAUCCUGCUAAUGUCUUGGGGA